CACCUCAAAAGAGGAAACUGACCUCAACAGUUGAGACAUUUUCCUUUUCAUCAGCUCGCUGGUCCUCUCACCUAACAAGAGGCACUCCUCCAUUAGGAGUUAAUGGCUACUCCUGUACCACAUUUCGUUCUAAUAUUUAUUAUUAUGCUGGCUACUGUGGUCAUGAUGAUUGUUGCCACAGCAGUUUAAAUGUACUAAAUACACUGACCAUGAGCUGGACUCAAUUGCAUCCUAAUGAUGAGUCCAUGAUGAAGAAAGCCUAUGCUGGAAUGCUAUCACUGGAAUUUGAAGGAACUGACUAUCUUUUCAUGGUCGGAGGGUUAGAUACUACACCAGCUUUCAAACAUCCUCAGUUUCAUUAUGAUCAGCUUAAGGAUGGACGUUUUCUUACUAAUGAACAGUUACUUUAUAAUCUAUCUAAUGGACAAUUCACUGUUCCAUCUGUCAGUGGACAGUGUUGCCCACCAACUAGUGAAUUUGUAAUCAACAAAAUGAAUCAAUAUAAUGGAAUAAUGUUUGGAGGAACAUUAACUAUUGAUGGUUUUAAUACAGAGACUAAUAAUGUGUACUUAUUUAAUGUGACACAUUAUACAAUACAUUGGGAGAGUAUUAAAAAAGGAUCAAUAUCUGGUGAGGGACUCUGGCCUAAGGAGAGAUUUAAUCAUGCUAGUGCAUUAUCAAUGGUUACUCUAGCUCACCUGCACUAGUAGUGAUUGGUUGAAUGGAUCAUAACAAUCAACUAGUGACUGAAUGUUUAUUAUUUGAUGAUAUCACUACUGGUCAGUU